AAACGGAUUUGUAAUGAAUCGGGCGAACGCAAUCAGAGCAUCAAGUGAGAAUGUCAACGGUUUAAAUAAUAAUAAUAAUCUUGGCGCCAUUAAUUGUGAUGCUUGUGAGAUAACAAUAAAAGCUCAGGAAAACUCCGGUGUUUCCCAGGGUGCAAAUAUAUCUGUGUGUAAACAUAAUACCCGCAAUAUGGGACGAUUUUGUUCAUUUAGUAUUGAUAAUAUUUUAAGAAGAAACAGUGAAUCCUCCGAAAGCAGUUCAAAAUUUGUUAUCGGCAAACCAGCAACAACUUAUCCAAAUGUUACAACAACAACAACAGUGAAUACUUCUCAGUCUUUGCUUGGAAAAGAAGCAACGGAUAUUCCCGGUUUCCAUGAUGCUGAAGCACAGAAAGGAUUUACGUUUUUUCAAAAUCUGUCCUUUAACGGAACUGAAUGCUUACAAAUACCAUAUCCCACAGAUUUUGGAACCUCACCACCUGUCUUUCAGUACCCAUCUAAAAUAGUUAUGCCUCCGUAUUUGCAUCACCUAUUAACAAUUCAAGGAAAACGAUUCAGAAAACAAGGCAUUGACAGAAAACCACGACAGGCUUAUAGUGCCAAACAGUUGGAUCGACUUGAGAACGAGUUUAAAUUGGACAAAUACUUGAGUGUUAGCAAACGAAUGGAGCUAUCAAAAACUUUGUCCCUUACAGAAGUUCAAAUCAAAACGUGGUUCCAAAAUCGUCGAACUAAAUGGAAAAAGCAACUCACCUCCCGACUUAAAAUAGCCCAACGACAAGGACUAUGCAAUGCCAAUAUGUAUAUUCCAUCCGUAUCCAGUAGGGCAGGAAGUCUGUCUGCUCUCACAGGACACAAUGCGAUGCAACCAACGUUCUAUACAACAUCUCCUCAGUUAUGCAUAGUUAAGCCUUUUCCAUUUAUUGACGCUGUGUUAGGAAGCCAAGCUCAAACAAAUUGUGUCUCGAACUUUGAUGAAAAUUCUCAAUAA